AUGGACGCCGUCGCCUUCGACAUCAACAAUGCCCUCAAGUUCUACAUGAGCGACCCGGCCUCGAUCCCCACGCCCGAAGCCGACGCCGCCCUGUUCGACUGCGAGAACGACCCCGAGGCCCUCACCAACGCCGUCAUCUCGCCCGUGCUCAACCCCAUCGUCGACGCCGUCGCCGAAAGCCCCGAUGCCAUUACGCGCAGCAGCUAUUUUGACUCGUUGCAGUUUCUCUUAAAGUACACUUCGUUUCUCCCGACGCAUGCGCUCAGCAAGGUCUUUGACCUGAUCACGUCGGGCCUGUCCGCCGAGGCCGAUGCCGUCAACCACGACCUCGAGGCCGACGAGCAGGACCUGAUUGCGCACCACAAGCACCUGCUCGAGAUCUACGGCUUCCUGCUGCAAUGGACCGUCUCUGCGGUCGAGACCCGCGCGGCCGAGAAGUCGUCGUCCGCCCCCGCCGCCCGCGGCAGCAGCAAGGCGCGCGGCAAGAAGGCCGCCUCCGAGAACGACAAGGACAGCAGCUGGGACUCGUCCGCACAGCUGCAGACCGCCCUCGACACGAUGUGCAAGGUCCUGCGCCUCAAGCUGGCCAAGAUCUUCUUGACGACCUCGGAGCGCGACACGUUUAUGGGCCUGCUGACGCGCCCCGUCUACCUGAUCCUCGAGAGCGAGCAGCGUGUCAAGUCCAUGCCCAUCCGCAUGCACGCCUUCAAGGUGCUCUGCAUGGCCGUCAAGCACCACGGCCACGCCUACGCGGCACAGAUUUCGAUUGUGCAGAAUCUGACGUACUUUGAGCACCUGUCGGAGCCCAUGGCCGAGUUUCUGCACAUCCUGUCCGAGCAGUACGACUACGAGCAGCUGGCCAACGAGAUCCUGGUCGAGCUCAGCAACAAGGAGUUUAGCAGCAACGACACGCGCGGACCCAAGCAGGUCUCGACGUUUGUCAUCAAGCUGUCCGAGCUCGCGCCGCGCCUCGUCAUCAAGCAGGUCGCCUCCCUCAUCAAGCAGAUGGACAGCGAAUCCUACACGCUGCGCUGCGCGCUCAUCGAGAUCUGCGGCAACAUGAUUGCGUACCUCAGCCGCCAGGAGGAGCGCGGCGACGACCACAAGUCGCAGCUCAACGCCUUCUUCAGCGUGCUCGAGGAGCGCUUCCUCGACAUCAACCCCUACUGCCGCUCGCGCACCAUCCAGGUGUACGUCAAGCUGUGCGACCUGGACAUGAAGUUCCCCAAGCGCCGCCUCAAGGCCGCCGAGCUCGCCAACCAGAGCCUCGAGGACAAGAGCAGCAAUGUGCGCCGCAAUGCCAUCAAGCUGCUGGGCUGCCUGAUCAAGACGCAUCCCUUCACGGCCAUGCACGGCGCCCAGCUCUCGCGCAAGGAGUACCAGGAGCGCCUCGACAUGGUCGAGCAAGAGAUACAGUCGCUGCGGCCGCCCGAGGGCGCGCCAGACCUCGGCGAGAAGAGUGCCGAGGAUGCCGGCAACACGACGGGGCUGCUGGACGAGGCAACCCAGAUCGAAGGGUCUCCCCAGAAGGAGAAGGGCAUGGCCGAGAUGACCGACGAGGAGAAGAUUGCUGCUGUCCGCAAGGCGCAGGAAGAGGCGGCCACGUCCGAAGCCAUCAGCAAGCUGACCCUCACCAAGAAGUACUACUCGGAGGCGCUCAAGUUCAUCAACAUUCUGCACGAGGCUACCACCACCAUCUGCCAGCUGCUGGGCUCGCGCAACAAGAGCGAGGUCAUUGAGGCGAUGGACUACUUUGAGAUUGGCGACGCCUACAACAUUGAGCAGAACAAGAUUGGCAUACGCCGCAUGCUGCGUCUUAUCUGGACCAAGGGCAACAGCGACGAGGGCAAGGGCGUGCAGACGCACCUCAUCGAGUGCUACCGCCGGCUGUUCUUUGAGGCGCCCGACGUGUUUGGCCCCAACGACGCAGCCAACUACAUUGCGCGCAACAUGAUCUCGCUGACCUUUGGCGCCACGCCGGCGGAGCUCACGUCGCUCGAGCAGCUGCUGGCGACCAUGAUGAAGGGCGGCAUGAUCCCCGAGGUGGUGGUCGCCAAGCUGUGGCAGGUGUACGGCGUGCAGAAGCGCGAGAUCUCGCGGACACAGCGCCGCGGUGCCAUCAUUGUGCUCGGCAUGCUGGCCACGGCCAACCCGGAGAUUGUCGUGGGCGAGAUGGAGACGAUGCUGCGCACUGGCCUCGGCGCGCACGGCCGCUCCGACCUGCAGCUGGCCAAGUACACGUGUGUGGCGCUGCAGCGGAUCAACCCCGUCGGCCGCGCGGCAAAGGACUCGGGCGUGACGUUCUCGCGCCUCGCCAACGACCAUGCCGUGCUCCUGAAGCUGGCUGCCAUCAUCGAUGUGCCGUCGGAGAGCAAGGAGUGGUUCGGCGUGGCCGAGCAGGCCAUCAAUGCCAUCUACGCCCUGUCCAAGCACCCGGACGUUCUCUGCAGCGACAUCAUCCGUCGCAAGACGCGCCUAGCCUUCGCGGCGCCGUCGCCGGCCUCCUCUCGGCCGACGUCACGCGGCGAUGCCACGACGGUGCUCCCGACAGGCGAUGCAGAGAGCAACGCUACGGUCGUCCUUCCCGAGACGCAAGCAGCGUCGCCGGCCAAGGCACAGUCACAGCGCGGCACCACAAAUGCCCUGUCUCAGCUCCUGUUUGUCGUGGGCCAGGUCGCAAUCAAGCAGAUUGUGCACCUCGAACUGUGCGAGCAGGACUUUAAGCGGCGCAAGCAAGAGAAGGAGAAGCUGGAGGCCGCGGCCAAGAUUGCUGAGGAGGAAGAGGCUGCCACGACCGGCAAGCGCGCUGCGGGACGGGGCAAGAAGGGUGGCAAGGCCCGCGAGGCUGCUGCUGCCUCGGCAGCGCCCGGUGCCGCCAAGGAGGACGAGGGCGACGAGCUGGACCUCAUUGGCGGUACCACGGAGGACGACUUCACCGAGGCGAUGCAGCACAUUCGCGAGCGCGAGCUGCUGUACGGCCCCACAGCGCUGCUGGGCAUGUUUGGCCCGCUGGUGUCGGAGAUCUGCGCCAACAACAUCGUGUACAAGGACAGGGGGCUGCAGGCCGCGGCGACGCUGUGCAUGGCCAAGCUGAUGUGCGUCAGCGCCGAGUACUGCGAGACGAAUCUGCCGCUGCUCAUUACGAUCAUGGAGCGGUCGACGGACGCGACGGUGCGGUCCAACGCGGUGAUUGCGCUGGGGGACAUGGCCGUCUGCUUCAACCACCUGAUUGACGAGAACACGGACUUUUUGUACCGGCGCCUGGCGGACACGGACGACUCGGUCAAGCGCACGUGUCUGAUGACGCUGACGUUUUUGAUUUUGGCCGGCCAGGUCAAGGUCAAGGGCCAGCUGGGCGAGAUGGCCAAGUGCCUCGAGGACGACGACAAGCGCAUUGCUGAUUUGGCGCGCAUGUUCUUCACGGAGCUGUCGACCAAGGACAACGCCGUCUACAACCACUUUGUCGACAUGUUCAGUCUGCUGUCGGCCGAGACGGCGCUCGACGAGGAGAGCUUCCGGCGCAUCGUGCGCUUCCUGCUGGGCUUUGUCGAGAAGGACAAGCACGCCAAGCAGCUGGCCGAGAAGCUGGCCGCCCGCCUGGCGCGCUGCGACACGGAGCGGCAGUGGAACGACGUGGCGUUUGCGCUGGGCCUGCUGCAGCACAAGAGCGAGGACAUCAACAAGGUGCUGUCGGAGGGCUUCCGCGUGGUGCAGAUUUCCGGGUAG